GCCAACUGCUGAGAGACAGCCCGGCAUGCUCACUUGUCUUGAGACACGAGAGAAAGCACGAUGUUUUCGUGCUGUCUCGGGAAUACUCGAAAAGGAAUCUCAGACCUCAAGGAAGACAAAAGAGGAGGUAGUGGUGGAGGUCAUGGCGGUGCCUGGAGUCUCCGGGCAUGCUCCUGGAUCCAAGGCCUCUGGCCAUUUGGCCUGAAAGAGACAAACUUGACCCAAGGAGGCCAGAGAAGCCGGGGCAGCCAGGGAACUCAGGAAAGCCAGGGCAUCCAGGUCCAGGACGUCACAGUCCAGGUCCGGGAGGAGUCUGCCCCUAAGAUGUUGGAGGAGUCCCGUAGACCAUCCCAGUUUGGCUCAAUGGAAGAGAUGAUGGCACAAUUAGUGACGUCCAUCCAGGGUGGAGACUCCUUCUUUGUCUUUGUUUUCUACUGCAUACACCAAAAGUUUCUCACCACUCAGCAUGUGCUGGACCUGCUGUUCAAGCGAUACCCAUCCUUCCGGCCCGACUCUGAAGAGGAUGAACGAAUAAAAUACACCAUCUGUACCCUCCUGGACUACUGGAUCGACAAGUUCCCUGAGGAUUUUUGCACGAUCCAACACCUGCCCAUUCUGAACCAGGUGAAGACCUACUUGAUUGUGAACAUGCCCUCCUCAGACCUUCUGGUUCGUGUUAAAAUGCUCCAGAUGCAGUUGGAGGCUUAAGUGGCCAGUUAUUCAGGGGUCAGAAAUUAGGAAUCCUCUGUUUUAAUUUCAUUCUUUGGGCUCUUUAUUCUUUUCGUGUGCCAACCAUUCCCAAAUAAAUCAGAAGUAAUCUCGUUGUUUGUCAUAAA